AUGGCCGGCCGCCAGUCAGCCCGGGUGCUGGCUCAGCAGCUCCGCUCCGCUACCUCCCAACCAUAUGCUGGCCGCUCAUUUUCCUCAAUACCCACAAGGCUGGCAGCGCACAGCUUCACAAUGCCCGCGAUGUCACCAACCAUGACAGAGGGCAACAUUGCCAGCUGGAAAGUCAAAGAGGGUGACUCGUUCUCCACCGGCGACGUUCUAUUAGAGAUUGAGACCGACAAAGCGACUAUAGACGUCGAGGCGCAAGACGACGGCGUCAUGGCCAAGAUCUUUGCACAGGACGGAGAGAAGGGUGUCAAGGUUGGCACGCGGAUAGCGGUACUCGCUGAGGAAGGCGACGACAUCUCUUCCCUAGAAAUGCCCGCCGAGGAGAGCAAGCCUGCCCCCAAAGCAGAAGAAAGCAAAGAAUCCGCUCCCUCAGAGCCCUCACCACCCAAACAAGAAUCACAACUCAAGAAACAACCGCAGAAAUCCUCAUCACCACCGCCUUCAGGCCCAGGUCAAAAUCCCAAAUACCCACUAUACCCCUCCGUCCAAGCCCUUCUCCACGCCAACCACAUCCCCGAGGCCGACAUCCCCAAGAUCCGCGCAACUGGGCCCCAGAACCGCCUCCUCAAAGGCGACGUCCUCGCCUACCUGGGCACCAUCUCCUCGGACUACCCGUCUGAACAAUCCAAACGCCUCACCAACCUCGCCCACCUCGACCUCAGCAACAUCAAACCUCUCCCGCAGAAGCCCAAGUCCGCCAAACCCACAGACUCCUCAUUAGCAGCAUCCGCCCAAGAAUUACCGCCCACAACACAAAUCUCCCUCCCGAUCUCCCUCUCCACCCUCCUCGCAACCCAACGCCGCCUCUCCGAAACCCUGGGAACCAACAUCCCACUAACAACCUUCCUCGCCCGCGCCGUUGACCUCGCGAACGACGACCUGCCGCUCCCAAAACCCACAAACCGGGACCUACUUGCCGCAAAUCAACGCGUUGCCGGAGAGUGCUACGAGUUUCGUGAGGUCUGCGCCUUCUCCAUCGAGAACAGCGUUCAGGAAGCCGGAUAUCAUCGACAUCCUCACCUCGAAAUCCACGAGUUCAAGAUCUUCGCGGGCGAGACCGCAGCCCCGAUAGGCGGCAGUAUCAGCACGACAGGCGGCGCGAUGAACAUCUUCAGCGUGACCGUCCCAGCGGGCGAAGAGAAGCGGGCACGGACAUUUUUGGAGCGGGUCAAGACUGUGCUGCAGGUCGAGCCGGGGCGGCUAGUUUUGUAA